AUGGUAAACACCAGAGCCAAAGUCCAAAAGAUCCAGAACACCAUGAAGCUCUGCUUCAUGGAAGCUGCCAUGGCGGAUUCCACUCAACUGACGACACAGUCUAGAGCUCUAAUCGGUUCCAACGAUGAACUUUUAAUUGAAAUCCUUCGCCGGCUUCCAGUUACCUCUGUUCUUCGAUUCAAAUCUGUAUCCAAACACUGGCGUUCCCUUUUGAGUCACCGGCGUUUUACCCUUCUGUAUAAAAAUGCGUCAUCCUCUCCUGGCCUUUUUGUUCGCAAUUUGUAUAUUCCAUUUAAUAAUGAAGACCGAAGCACUCCUCCUUUUCGUAAGCUCGACUUCUAUCAUGAUCCUAGUGGUAUUAGAAUCGUUCAAUCUUGUAAUGGAUUGCUGCUUUGCUGUAGCGAUCGGGGGCAUGUACGUGCUCGUAAGUAUUACAUAUUCAAUCCCACAACCAAGCAAUUUGCCCUCGUCCCAUCGGUUCCCGGAGGCAUGGAUGUUCGUAAAACCAUCCGUUUUAUGGGUCUGGCAUUUCAUCAAACAGAUUGUGUUCACUACAAAGUUGUUUGCUUUCAUCGUGCUAAACCUGAUGAGUAUCUGUUUGCUAAACCUGAUGAGGAUCUGUUUCGGAUUCAAAUCUACUCGUCUGAGACAGGGAAAUGGAAGAUUUCAGAUCAAUCUUUCUCUGCGCCUUAUUAUACGAGCUUCAGCUCUGGAGUUUAUUUGAAUCACGCGCUUUACUGGGCUCCCUCCUGUGUUAGUGCAUCGUACUUUAAGCUCGACACAGAAGAGAUACAAUCGCUGCCAUUGCCAGUGGCGGUGGCAUCCUUUGGAGGUUAUCGAGACGGAGCAAUGCCCCUUUACUUUGGGGAGUCACAAGGCCAUCUACAUUUGGGGGAGAGGGUCGAUCGCUUUGAGAGUCAUUUACAGCUGAAUGUGUAUGAGAUGUUGAACGAUCAUUCUGGGUUGUUUCUCAAGUAUGGAGUGGAGCUUGAUGAGGUUCCGAUUGCGUACCCGGAGAUGAUCCAUAGCUACUUAGACCCAUCGAGCCCGUAUUAUUACAAAUUCGAAUUUUUUGAUGUGGUUAGGGGUGAAGAAGAAGAAGAAAUGUUCAUUGUGAUCAAGAUUCCAGGGAAGAUUAUAAGGUACAACGUUGUGGACAAGAGUUUCAAGCAGAUAUUUGAUCUGAGUCAUCUGCACGACAUUUCAUAUGGACGAAUCGGUCACUCGGAAGUUCAUCGCUAUAUCGAAACCUUGGCUUCUUUCUGA